AUGCGUUGUAAUUUAAUUUUGGGUUCAAAAUUUGCUUCAAAUUUGGGAUAUAAAUUGAUUAAACCAGCUAAACCUUGGGUUUUUCGGAGUCAAGUUGGCGGUUUUAGAACAAUUUAUGAAGGAGGGUUGUCUUUUGUUACAAGUCCCACAAAAGAAAGGAGCAGAAAUGCAAUAUUUAAUUGA